GGCCUUGGAAACGUACGCAUCUCAGCUCGUGCACCACUUGAGUGCACCAAAAGCACCAUGGCACAUUCUGGCGAGCCUUGGUAUCUGACUAUCGUACGGAUGCAGGGCAUCCCGUUCGCUCGUCAAGACAAGUCAUGGCGUCCCCGAGUUACAGUCUCGGUUGUCGGAAUGGCCCAUAGUCACAGCACAGACCUCGGCUGUGAUGGGCAGAACCCAAAUCUGAAGUUGCCUCUCGUCUUGUACGAUGUAGACCGUCAUUCCAAGCUUGAUAUCAAAGUCUGGCAUCAUGCGCGCACCAAAAAGAAGGGUCGCAAACCUCAUCUCAUUGGUUCUGCGUAUGUUACGCUCUGCGAGUUGUCACGUAUGCAAAAACACUCUGAAGCAGAUGUCGGAAUAAGUCUCAGGUGCCCACCACCACAGAAGCGCAAUCCAUCUAUUAAGGCACGUCAAGCGAACAGCGCGACGUUAAUUGCCCGGUUACGCCCACCACCAUUGUCCCCUUCACUCACUUCGGAGACGACGCUGGUUGCAUAUGAAGACGACUCUGUGUGCGAUGAGGAAGGUUUUGAGGAAGAGCUUUUGUCGGACGCAAGCCGGAACACUACACCGGCUCCAUGCACGGAUAAAUCUCCUGUCGAUAUCCCGGACAUUCUUCCUGAUACUAGCGCAUCGGGUCUGAAGAAGCGGCGCAAGCGAACAAAGUUGAAGCCUUACUCUCUCGACUCAGACGACGAAGCUAGUUGUUAUUCAAGCAGCGAGUCAUCCAGACCAGCUACGCCUCCCCCCCACCAGGAGCAGUACUAUUCAUAUUACGCUGAGACCGGUCUUGAAACGGAAUACCAGGCUGAGAUGACUUUCGGGGACGAUCUGGACAGUUAUUGCCCGGCAAUCCUUCCCCAACACAUUGGUGAAUCGCCAGAGGAGCAGCGGCCGUUGUCUCUCAUAAAGCUCAUGGUGGACAUGUUUGCACCGUUUCGCGAAAUGUCGGGUCCUGGAUGUGACUUCGCUAGCGUUCUCGGGCGACUAACGACAGAGUGGUAUGCCGUCGGGGGUUGCCUGCUGGCGAUGGCUGCAUUGAACGCUGCGGUCUUUGGAUAUUCGACGCCGACGCUCAUUGAUAUCGAUAGCAUUGCACUGAAAGCACGUUCUGCGCAAGACGUGUACGGCACAUAUUUUUUCUUCUGCCUCACCUGCAGGUUCCCAACACUCUGUCUACUUGUUGCCGUUUGCGCGCUGCUCGCAUUUCUGCUUGCCGUCGCAUGGGGUGCAUGGAGCGUCGCCGUGCUUGUCAUGUGUUGCGCCGCGGGCGUGCUACUCACGCUCCAGUACCUCGUUUACGGUGCGCACCGCACCGUCAACUUUUUCGUCUGGCUCGUCUGGCGCGCCGGACGAGCUUGUGACGGAUUAUUCCGCGCCACACCGCCGGCAGGGUCGAACCAGGCGCUGCCGGGACAGACAGCGGCACAAGUGACCCCACCUGGGGUAACUCGACAAACGUAAGAGAGGAUGCUCCAGGUUCAUGCUUCGAUUUUUCGCAUCAUGCCUCGUAACAAGUAUACCCCUUCAUGAUCGCAAUAUACCACAAGAAAAAAGGGCAUCCCCUUAGCUAUGUAUACCCACUGCCUACGACCAGAUCGGAUAAAGGAACUUG